AUGUAUAAGGAGUUUUUUUCGAACGAAACAAAACCUCAAAAUAGUAGUUAUUGUGAUGUAAAAGAUAGUAAUAGUCAAAUUAAUUCCCAAGCCAAGGGACUUUGCAGUAAUCUCGUAUAUCAUUUAGAAAAAAUAAGCAAAGAGCAAAAACCGAAUCAAACUGAACAUUGCAGCUAUUUACGUUAUUGGUUAUAUGAUAAAAUAGGGGGAAUUCAAAGCGAUCAUUCCGAAAAGACAAACAAAAUACCUUUUUUUAAAUAUUUUAUUGACGCAUGGAGUAAACUUAAUGAAAAAUUAGGUAAAAUUUGUGCGGCACCAGUUGUAAAGGAUGUUACUUUAAAAGAACUAAAAAAUAGGAAAUAUUUAUACAUUUAUUUUAAAAAUUUGGAUGAAAUUUAUAAUGUUAGUACACGCAAUAAUAAAAACGAUUGU